AUGCUCAUCGACCUCAUGUUCGAGCUCUUCAGCUUCGUGCUCAGCAGCCGCGGCACUGGCUACACGUCGGCGUCGCACUCAGGCAUGCUGAAAUCAUUGCGGAACCAUUGGGAGCCCAUCUUUGCAGGUACCGCCGUCGAUUCAGCGAAGCUCGACAGCAUCUUCGACUCUGCUGCCGAGCUCGGCAAUCUGCACCUCCAGCCCAAGAAGAGCUACCUGAUUCCGCUCUGGGCGCCAUUGACCGAGGACGUGGUCCAGCGUGUCAGGCGCAUCGUGGCCUUCUUGGUCCCCCAGUGGCGCGAGGUCCGCAUCGAGGACAAGGGUCAGACUGGCGCUCCAGUCGACUCGAACGUCCGCCUCUAUGGCACGUCGUGGUUCACCGUCCUCACCUACCUUGCCCAGUUCUUCGGUCUGCCGCGCAACGUCGUGCGCAAGGAGUUCCACGCACUCCAUAAGGCGUUGCGGCUCCCACCUUCCGCCUUCCGCCUGACCGACAUACUAUCUUUCGACGCUUGGUUCCCGACCACGGCGGUCAGGUCGAUGCAGGCUCUGGCGGCCGGGACGUUGUGGCACACGGUGAAGUUCACGAUUACGACCUGGCCGGCGACUUUGCAACGGAUGGAUGCUGUGGCGUCCCGCUCGGUUGGGCUCCCGCGGCUGGCCGCUGGGCAGUGGUCGCCUCCAUUCUGGCGCAUUGGCACUGCCGUCGUGCAACGGUUUGCGGCGGCGUCCCGAGACCGUCCCAUGGAGGCCCCUGCCCGUACGCUCCCGAUGUACUGGCAAGCAGCGGAGGUGGCCAAACGCGCUGUUCGGUUGUCGGUGGCAGCCGGCACGCGCCCUCACCCACAGAGGGCUUUCGUGAAGUUCCUGCAGGCGGCGGCCCACCCCGACACCUUCGACACGACCCUGAGGAAGAGGCUCGCUACAUGGAUCGAGCACGAGCGGAUCCCACAUGACCUCCAACAGAGGUGGCGGCAGUUGAGGGUCUUCCUCAUUACACUGCCUCCUGCAUGCAUGCGGUGGAUCGUCAUGAGGUCAGCCACUACUUGCAAUGCCAUCAUGCCCUACACUGGCUGCCUCGCCCUCGACAAUUCCUUCAUGGUGAUCUUCUGCAUCGUCUCGGGUUCGCCGGAGAUGAGGACGCCGAGCGCCAGCGUGCGCAAGGACCUGGGCCAGGGCGUCGGGCAGCUUCGCGAGGCCACGGCAGCGAUGUGCAGUCAUGAACACUGGACGACGGGCCUGGUAAUCAGCGUCCGUCCUUCGCUGCUGGAGCAGCUGAUUGCACUCGAAGAGGUCCGCGUCACCGACCCCUCGCCAGAGGCGAGGUUGGUGGAGGAGUUCUGCGGCUUCCUCGCGAAGGAGCACGGCUGCGUGCUGAAGGCCGCCGAGUGCGCCCACGAGCGGGGCAGCCGGACUCUGACGUGGGGCGGGGUGCUGCCGACCGACCAGGCGGGGGCCGAGGCGGACCUCGACGAGGUGCUAGAACUGUUCGCGACCGGCGUCGACCGUCUGGGCUUCACGAAGGUCGAGUGGUGCAAGGCGCGUGCUCCAACUGCGUGGGUGGAGAGCCCCACCCGCUACAACUCGCACGUGCACCUCCGCGCGUUCUGGGAGGACUCGCCGUGAAGAAGACGAGUCCUGGGGGAAUGUUUGCCGCCCCCGGGCGGCCAUGGCCCUUCCUGGGCCCCGUGAAGAGCUGGCCUCCGGGGAAGCCCUGGGGCUCAGAACCCAGACGUCGAAGAUUUCAACACGGUCGAGAAGAGGAGGAAGGAGGAGGACGGUGGAGGGCCUGGACUUCUCUGUCCGGCGUUAGACUCCCCCCCCUCUGUGUGUCGUUGAUGUCGCCGCGCCCAGCCGGGACAUGGGUGCAGGCGGAGGAAGCCAGCGCCGGCCCGAGAAGUGCAUGUGAAUGCCGACUCUUGGCCUUCGG